UUAUGUUUUCUCUUAAUGCUGAAUUUCUUUUCCUUGUUUUUACUUAGAGCAUGUAUAUCUUUAGGAUCCAAGACCCGGGCCAUUGGGAAUGCAGCAAAGAGCCAGAUUGUCACAAAUGUAAAAAACACAUUGCAUGGCUUCAAAAAACUGCAUGGAAGAGCAUUUGAAGAUCCUUACAUAGAAGCUGAAAGGGCCAGGCUUCCCUAUGAGCUUCAGAAGAUGCCAAAUGGCUCCGUAGGAGUAAAGGUGAGAUACCUAGAUGAAGAGAGACUGUUUGCAAUUGAACAAAUUACAGGAAUGUUAUUGGCCAAACUUAAAGAGACUUCAGAAAGUGCUUUGAAGAAACCUGUGGCAGACUGUGUGAUUUCAGUACCCAGUUUCUUUACUGAUGCUGAGAGAAGGUCUGUAAUGGCAGCAGCACAGAUUGCAGGAUUAAAUUGUCUGAAGUUGAUGAAUGAAACUACUGCAGUUGCACUAGCAUAUGGAAUAUACAAGCAGGAUCUGCCAGCCUUGGAAGAGAAGCCAAGAAAUGUGGUCUUUGUAGAUAUGGGGCACUCUGCAUAUCAGGUUUCAAUCUGUGCUUUUAACAAGGGAAAACUGAAGGUCUUGGCUACUACCUUUGACCCUUUUGUAGGUGGUAGGAAUUUUGAUGAGGCUUUGGUAGACUACUUCUCUGAGGAAUUCAGGACAAAAUACAAGCUGAAUGUAAAAGAGAAUCCCCGAGCGCUGCUACGAUUGUAUCAAGAAUGUGAAAAACUCAAGAAGCUUAUGAGUGCAAAUGCUUCUGACCUUCCACUCAAUAUUGAAUGCUUCAUGAAUGACCUUGAUGUCUCCAGUAAGAUGAACAGAGCUCAGUUUGAGCAGGUGUGUGCUGCCCUUCUGUCCAGGGUGGAGCCUCCCCUAAGAGCAGCCAUGGAGCAAGCUAAACUUCAACGUGAAGAUAUCUACAGUAUAGAAAUAGUAGGUGGGGCUACUAGGAUUCCAGCAGUGAAGGAGCAGAUCUCUAGCUUUUUCUGUAAAGAGAUAAGCACCACGCUAAAUGCUGACGAAGCUGUUGCAAGAGGCUGUGCCUUGCAGUGUGCAAUUCUUUCCCCAGCUUUUAAAGUGCGUGAAUUUUCCAUCACAGAUGUUGUUCCUUACUCUAUAACAUUGAGAUGGAAAUCAUCUUAUGAAGAAGGAACAGGGGAGUGCGAAGUCUUCAGUAAGAACCAUGCUGCUCCAUUCUCAAAAGUCAUUACUUUUCACAAGAAAGAACCUUUUGACCUGGAAGCUUACUACACCCAUCCACAUGAAGUGCCUUAUCCUGAUUCCAGAAUAGGGCGUUUCACUGUUCAAAAUGUGGGUCCCCAACAUGAUGGUGACAAUUCCAAAGUGAAAGUUAAAGUGCGUGUCAAUAUUCAUGGCCUUUUCAGUGUGGCUAAUGCUUCUAUAAUAGAGAGGCAGAACAUAGAGGGAGAUCACAGUGACACUCCUAUGGACACUGAAUCAUCAAGUAAGAACCAAGGCAGAGAUGAUGAGCUGGAUAAAAUGCAGGUUGAUCAAGAGGAAGGCAUUCAGAAAAGUCAAGCUGAACAACAGAACCAAGCAGAUGAGGAAACUGAAAAUGCAGGAACAGAAGCAAAAGUUGUUUCUGGAGACGUGCAUGAACAUCCAUCCCAGCCAAAGGCUAAAACAAAAGUCAAGAGUAUUGACCUCCCUAUACAGGCAAGCCUGUAUAGACAGCUGGGACAAGAUCUUAUCAAUUGCUAUAUUGAAAAUGAGGGGAAGAUGAUGAUGCAAGACAAGCUUGAGAAAGAAAGAAAUGAUGCUAAGAACGCUGUUGAAGAGUAUGUGUAUGACUUCAGAGACAAGCUGUGUGGAGUCUUUGAGAAAUUCAUCACUGAAGAAGAUGCGAACAAGCUAACCUUGAUGUUGGAGGAUACAGAAAACUGGCUUUAUGAAGAUGGAGAAGACCAGCCUAAACAAGUGUACAUGGAUAAGCUUCAGGAAUUAAGAAAAUUUGGACAGCCUAUUCAGGAAAGAUACAUGGAACAUGCGGAGAGACCAAAAGUUUUAAAUGACCUGGGAAAGAAGAUUCAGCUCCUUAUGAAAGCAGUGGAAGCAUACAAAAAUAAGGAUGAAAAAUAUGAUCACUUAGAUCCUGCUGAGAUGGAGAAGGUGGAAAAAUACAUUAGUGAGGCAAUGAAUUGGCUGAACAGCAAAAUGAAUGCCCAGAACAAACUAAGUCUAACUCAGGAUCCAGUUGUCAAAGUGGCAGAAAUAGUGACAAAAUCUAAGGAAUUGGAUAAUUUCUGUAACCCCAUUAUAUACAAGCCCAGACCGAAGAUAGAGCCUCCCAGUGAUGGGCAGUCAAAAGCUAAUGGUGAACACAAUGGACCAGUGAACGGACAGAGCGGUACUGAAACAAAACCUGAACCAACCAAGGACAAUUCUCCGCAGACCAAACCCCCUGGAGAAAUGGAAGUGGACUAAAUCUUGCAUUUCUUUUACCCAAUUAAAAUAGUGCAAGUAACCACAGGGUCCAUUCUUUUUGUCUGGUACACACUUCGGAUGUUCAGUUACUCUUAGUCAACCUUCUGUCAUUUGUUGCUGAGUAGUUUUGAAAGUGUUUUAUAUUAAGUACAUCUCUGAUGUUCAUUUCCACUGAUGCUGCUUAUGUGGAGCUUUAGCCAAAUGUAGAUUGUAUAAGUCAGUUUAAGCUUUCCCAAUAUAUUUUAUAUCAAACAUACAGAAUUGAUAUAUAAAUGGCAACAAUCUACCUUAUUUAAAGCUUUUAUUGUGGAUAAACCUCAGCCCCUUUAUUCAGGAAAGGAUACUGUAUUGCACUACUGAUGCUCAAGUGUAGAUCUAAUUGCGUCUUUAUUUUGGAAAAAUAUUGGAAUUGAAGUGGCAAGACUUGUCACUUGAAGCACUGACCUUUUCUAGUUACUGUAUUGUUAUAAUUUAAACAUUAAAAUAGAGGUUAGUUGGCAUUCUAGUCCAUCUCAUUGAUGUACCAUGAGAAUUGUUUGGUCUUUUUCAUAUAAACAGAAUACAAGCUUAAACAUUUGAGAUUCCCAUACCACUACCAAUAUUAGUUACAAAAUAAUGCAGCAUAAUGGCUCUGCCACAUGCUGAACUAAGUGAAUGGUCUCGGUGCACAUUGCUGUACAUAAUGUACUGUGCUUAUGAUAGGAUGAUGCUAAUGAUAAUAGUACAAAGGGGUAGAAAAUACAAGGACUGUUGGAUGGCUUUCCCUUGAAAAUGACUUACUGCACAUGUUACUAUUUCACUUCUGUUGUUUGGAAUGAAAUCUACAUCUUGAUUAUAUCUUGUGCUGGGAAGGGGAAACAACAAAAAUUGUGUUAUGUGAGCUGGGUAUGGGCACCCUGGUUUUGAAUUUGCUUAAAUGCUGUUGCAAACUUGAAAGAUAUCCUGAGAGCUUAAUCUAAGCCUUAGUACUUGGUGUAUAAACCUUUUGUUCAAGGAGCUAAACAAAAGAACUUAAAAACUGGAUAUUAUUACCCCAAAGAUGGAAUCUACUUGAUGAACUUGCAUAGCUUACCAGUUAUCUUAGGUCAUUUAGUUGACCUAAUGAAAAUGUCUGUAAUGUAUUA